GAUCGCAAAGUACAUCACAGUCGAACCCAUUAGACGCAAAUAACAUCGGGACAAACUAUCUCCUGAAUAAAUAUAGGAUCUUUUUUUGAAAACGUACUUUUUUAUUAUUAGAUGCCACUAUGUUGCCUUUCAAGAGAACUUUUGACAGCGACAAGCAGCAGCUGCAGCAGCUCAACGGCAGACUUGCUCAGUAUCUCUCCAGGACGAAGCAGCUGGAGCAGGAAAAUGCACUUCUUAUUGCUGAGAUAAAUAAACUGAGACAGGUGAGGACGGCGGAGCGGCAGCCGAAGUACAAGGAGGAGAUGCGGGAGCUGAGGAGGAUGCUGGGACAGCUGUCGUUUGAGAAGUCCCAGGCCGAGAUGGAGAAGGAGAAGCUGUGGCGGGAGUUGCAGAUGGUCCAGUCUCUGUGCAGCGAGCAGACGGAGGUGUGCAGGGACAUCAGUGGUGAGCUGAAAGGCCGCGGAGUGGAGCUGCACCAGGCGCACAAAACCAACAGUGAUCUCCAGCAGCGAUUAGUCCAACUGGAGAUCGAGUACAAACGCUUAGAGGACGCGCACAGGCAACAAAUGGUCCGUCUGCAGCGUCAGGUGGAUUCCCGGGUGGUGCCCAUCCUCACGGAGACUUACCGCGGUCCUCCUGCGGCCUCCAUGGAAGAGGUGCAAGAGUGCGCCCGGGGUCUGUCCGACGGAUGGAUGGAGACUUUUGAGAUGUACCAGCACAAAGUGGAUGAGAUGGAGCAGUCGAUCAGAGCAGACCAGGCGAAGCUGACCGACAUGCAGAGGGAGAAGACUUAUGUGUCAGAGUUGGACAAAUUGCACAGAGAGGCGGAAAAACAGGGUCAGGUUCAGCUGCGGCUUGAGGAACAACUGAUGAACAUGCAGGAGAAAUUCAGAGUGGACUUCAGUGAAUACCAGAUGAUAAUUGAGCAGCUGGAGCAUGAGAGGAACAUGAUGGCAAACACUAUGGAAGAAAAGAUGAAAGAGCAUCAGCACCUUCUGCAGGUGAAGAUGGAUCUCGGCAUGGAGGUGGCUUCCUACAGGGCUCUCCUGGAAGGUGAGAGACUGAGUCCUCACAGUAGAGUGAAUCAACACCAAAGAGAAAGAGUAAUAGAUAUCAAGGUGCCUGCCCAAGCCUACUCUCAAAGAGCUUCCACUUUAACCACCAGACAACAAACCAGGUACACACCGCCAACGUCCAACCUGAGAAGGUCCCCUAUGCAUCCCUCUGGAUCCAUAAGUCCCUCGAGGGUCAUUCCUAUUUCAGUUUUGGGCCGAGAAAGGCAUCAGAGUCCUGCAUCAAGAAGGGACAUGAUCUCAUUCAACAAAGCUCGGGCUUCUGCUUCCGCCCCCAUGUCCACCACUGUCAGUGUAUCCAAAGAUAAACAAUCAGGCACGAGUGAAAGCCUACUUAACCAAAAUGUACAGAAAGCAAGAGCUGAUGAGAGAACUGUGACGAUCAAACAGGUCUCUCAGCUGGAGAACGAAGGCAGUCCAACCAAAUCCUCCACUACUGUCACCAAAUCAAAGAGAGUGGUCUCGCCUCCGAUGAUGAGCAUCAGCAGGAAGACAGAAGCAGAAAGCAAGAAGCAAGUGUCUGAUGAAAAAGAGAGAGAUAUUGUUGAUGGAGAUGAGUUCAAAAAUAAGGGGUAUGUGAUAGGCCCGAGUGAGAAAAAGAUGUUAGACUCUGUGACUGUAGAAGAGAUUAUAGAAAAAGUGAUGAAACCUGCUGGUUUGGAGGCCAGUGUUUGCUCAUCGGGGGAUUCUAAGGUGAAGUAUCAUGUGGAGAAAACUGAGCAAGAGGAUGGCACUACAAAGACGCAGAUUGUCCUGGAGUCGAAAGUGGAAGAGGAGCUUGACUUUUCAGAGGACUCAACCCUGGAGGAACUACUGAGCCAAGGGGUUAAGAAGGUGUCACUGAAGGACAUCGAAGACACCACCACAGGAAGUAUGAUCAAGAACCUGCUGAGUGGCCUGCAGGGAAGCGGGGACCUGCAAAAUAAGUCGGUCAAUGUAGAAAUCAUUGAGGAGCCGGUGGAGAGUUACAGUGAUGAGGAGCUUGAGGCCGAACUGAAGUCAAGAUCUACUUUUUAUGAGCCGACCUCAACGUAUUUUCAAAUUGAGGAGCUGGAAAAUGUCCCUCAGAGUGUUCAGUUUCAGAGAAAUGAAGGGGAUACCAUGAAAACCUCCAAGACAGAUACCGAUCAUUGGAAGGGUGGAUCUGUACAAGUUCAAGAAGUUUCCAAAGAGAGUGAAUAUUUCUCCCACGGCAGAGAGCCUGACGAGUACUUUGUCUCCACACCAGAUGAAAAUCUCUCUGAAUCCGAGGAGGGUGUUGGCAUCACCUCAUACGGCCAUUACGGUAUUGUAGAUGACCUGUCAGACGAGAGGUAUUAUCAAGACGAAGAUGUUCCGCCAAAAAGAGUGACCGUAGAGCAGAGUGACAAACACAAGUUAAAGUCAGGGGAGGACUCGUUUAUCAAGGAGAGUUUCCCAGAGUGCAUCAUCGAAGAAGAGGUUCGCGUCUCUCCGAUAGUCCAGGAGUCGAUGCUGGAGUUCCUGCGGGAAGAGUCUUUGGAGCCCAAAGAGCAGCUGAAGGGAGCGCUGGAGAAACUGCAAAGCUCAGUGUCAGGUCCACUGAGGGAAGAGUUGGCCUUGCUCACAAAAUACAGCAGUGAGAGUCCACAGAACGUGGCGAUCAAAAAAGUGCAACAGUCAACUGACAAUGGCACCAUGACUAUCGUGGCAGAGCUGAACGUCUCUCAAACCCUGGAGGACUCCGGGCUGCUGGACGAAGGAGACGACCUCUCUGAUGAGCAGAUCAUGGCCACUCUCAGAUCUUCUAACCUGGGGCUUGAGAAAGUCUUACAAGGUGGGGCAGUAGCAGGAUACAGUUUCAGAGUGUCCAAAGAAGAGGAUGUAAAGUAUGAGGAUGACUUUGAGUUUGAAGGAGAGUCUGCUUCUCAAAGCACUGAGGAACAGUUUGAGCUGGGGCCAUCAGAAAAGUCCUUCCCCUUCCAGAUGGACGUUCAAGGCAGCCAUGCUGAGACAACCUCAAAGCAAGGGCUGCAAUCUGACAUCAUCGAGACCCCAGUGAAGGUUUCUCAAGAGAAAAGAGUUGCAACACUUUACCUUGAAAGUCCAACAGAUGAUUAAGAAAGAAGUCAGUUAUAACUUGCCAAUGUCACUUUUUGACAGGCAUAUACAGUUGAGAUAUAUUUGGUUGAAACAAAGCAGUCCACACAUGGCUUCAAUGCUGUUUGCAGACAUCAACAUCACGCUUAAGCUUUUGCAGUAAAACAUUAAAUAUCUUUGACCAUACCCACUAUGAGUGUGAGACUGUGAUAAUUCUGUACCUAACUGCAGGUGAAGAAGCAUUUAACAAUUAUUUUAUAAAAUAAUAAGACUUGUUAAAUCAUGGCAGCACUACUGUUAAGAAUACUGAUUUCUAACUAACAGCUUCUAGUUAAACUAAAGACUGUAACAUCUAACCUUUGUAGAAACGUGUAUGUUGGUGUUGCUCAGUGAGCUCAGGUAUGUGCUCACCCAUAUCGCUUGCAGUUUCUCUCCAAAGAGGUUAUUUACCUUCCAGAUUUCUCUAUUUUUAUACUAACCUUUUUCUGUACAGCUUACACACUCUGCAUUUUACAGCUGCACAAGACAGUUUAGAGUGCCGAGGUGCUUCACUGCUGUUUUCAGAUUUAAAAUUGAUUCUUUAUUUUAACUUGGGCAGUGCUGCCAAAUGGAAAACUUAUAGUAUAAAUUGCAUCCUGGAACAGUUUUUUUGAGGCGCUAGUAAGUGAUGUGUAGAGAGUAAAGUCAAAGCUUGUAGUUGAGGACAUUAUAGUGGGGUAGGAGAAAGAGAGGGUUAUUUGUCGUGAGGAACUUUGCAAGUUUAGAAUGAUAGAAUUAAUGUGUAAUGCACGUUUUUAAGGCGCUUGUUACAAGUUAUGUAUUUCAAGAUCUUUCUACUUUACACGCAACCAAUUGAUAUUACACAUUUAAUUUAAAAAAUGAUUGCUUAAAUAUAAAAAAGGAAGGAAACAUGGUCACUGCGAACAUUGGAAAGAAUGUCUGGCAAUUGUGUCUUAAAUGUUUGUUUCAAUUCCAUAAAUAUCUGAAUUUUAAACAGUGAACAAUCUGAUCUGAACAAAAGUUUCGGGGUCUGGGAAAUAAAAAGCGAAAUCAUUAAAACAUGACUAUAAAUGUGUAAAGUAUAUAGUAACAUUAAAGAAUGUAAAUAAGGAGGAGAACCACAUGCAUUGAAACAAGUCACUGAUAGUUUAGUAAGGAACUUUAGAAAAGAUAUUCCAUCUGUUUGAUGUACAGUGUGUGUUGUCUGGACAGUUUUUGCUUGUAGAGAUGUGUUCUUCACCUCGGCUUGAAGCAUUCACCAUUACUCAAAUAAGUGUUUGUUCAUCAUGGUCAUCAGCUUAGUGGCAUUGACUGUUCACUGUAGAUUGUUGUGUUAUGUUGUGUACUAGUUUCAGAAGAUGUAAUAGUCCACUACCAUUACAGCCUGGGUUCAUUUAUUUCACAUUUGAUGUCUUCUCUAAGUGACUUCAAAAUGUACUAUUUGAAACAAUUGAGCAGUGUCUUUGAAUAAUAUAAAAGCUUUUUGUAUCUAUUCUUUGAAGCAGACUGUGCAGAACUGCAGUGCUUAGAGUGAAAGGCAUGCUGUUAUGAAUAGGUUGAUCCUAGAAAUGUAGGUGCCAGGUAAAACAUAUUUUCAUACACGAUCUCCUCUGAAAGCUGCAGUACUUUAAACUAAUACAUGAAUAAAUCAGUGCACUUAAAUUGUAUCAAACAAAAGGAAUGAACAUGUCGAUGUUCACUGUAUUCCAGAUAACGUGCCAUUUCAAAGCAUUAAUCAAUGUCAUCAUCAGCAUACAGACAAAUGAUUUGUGUUUAAAGAACGUUUAAUGACACAAGUGUUUGUCCUCACUGAUAACCCAUCAUUUGUCUUGUCAUCAUGAUUUCUGUUGACUGAACGACAUGAUUGAUUUGAUUACAAAAGUACCGGCCUAUAUGUGGAAACGGAUUGACAUACUAACACAAUAAAAGAUGAUUGUGAUUA